UGCCUACUGAUUCCAUGUUGAAAACCAUCUCACUGCUGCGUUAACUUCUGGUGUCUGCUGCAUUAUUUUUCAGCACGUGGUAGUGUAAAGUCUGAGAGAGAAAUUGCUGCAGUUUAAGAUUCUGAAUCCUAGUGGAUAAUUCAUGGCUACCUUUUUAUAUGGAUCAUAUGACCACAUUGACUUUGACUUUGACUUUGACUCCAAGGUGAUAGUAGUCUAUAAAUUCCAGGCAUUUGACAGACGGCAGUUGAUAACAGCGGCAGCGCACAAGAAUGGCGGGGCUGUAUGAGAAACCGUCGGAGACGUACGCCAAGAAGCGGCCGCGGUACCCCAAGGAGUGGUUCUCCAUGCUCGCCUCCCUCACCGCCGGCCACCACCGCGCCUGGGACGCCGGCUGCGGCACCGGCCAGGCCUCCGUCAGCAUCGCGGAGCACUACGACGGCGUGGUCGCGACGGACGUGAGCGAGGGCCAGCUCCGCCACGCCAUCGCGCACCCCAAGGUGCGGUACCUGCACACGCCGGAGGACCUCCCGGAGGACGACCUCGUCGCCCUGGUCGGCGGCGAGGGCUCCGUGGACCUGGUCAUCGUGGCGACCGCGAUCCACUGGUUCGACGUCCCGCUCUUCUACGCCGUGGUGAACCGCGUCCUCAGGAGGCCAGGCGGCGUCCUCGCCGUGUGGGGGUACAACUACGACAUCCACCCGUUCGGGGACAAGCUGCAGGGGACGCUGUACCCGGCCAUGCGGCCGUACAUGGACCCGAGGACGAGGCUGGCCAUGGAGCGGUACCGCCAGCUGCCGUUCCCGUUCGAGCCCGUCGGGGUGGGCCGCGAGGGCGAGCCGGCCGACGUCGACAUGGAGGCGGAGAUGACGCUGGAGGACCUGGCCGGGUUCGUGAUGACCGGCUCCGUCGCGACCACGGCUAGGGAGAAAGGGGUGGACCUGGAGGCGCUGGUGAAGGGUGUGAUGAAGGAGGUGGAAGAGGGGUGGGGGGAUCGGCCGACGGUGCCCAGGAAGCUUGUGUUCAAGGCCUUCAUGCUGGCUGGGAGGCCCAGGUGAUAGAUGAACUGCUGGCUGGUGAAUUGGGAUCAGUACCGUAGAGUAAAAUACUAAAAUGUGAAGUUUGCGACUUAUUACUGCCUUCUUUUCAAAAUACUUUAAAGUUCUAGAUUUAUACUAAGUCAAAUAUCUUCAAGUUUCACCAAGUUGUCAUUCGUAGUCUAAAAAUCUUGAUGCAAUCUCUACUAUCUAAAAGAAACGGAGCGUUUCGUUUCCCCUCUUAGGUUCGUCCAACCUGCGUUUCGCUCGUCGCUCCUCUAAUCGCUCGCACAUGGGCCAAAGGCCAAAGCCCAGCCCCGGCGAGCCAUUCCUUCCUCCUGAUCUAAAAAAAGGCACUCCUUCCUCCUCACGCCCUCGAACUGGCGGCGCUAGGGUUUUAGCGUUGUCACCCAUCCCCAACCCGUCCUUGGCUCCUGGGCUGCCGCUCGACCUCCACGGUCGCUCCUCGCCAACGCUUGCUUCCCCGUAUCUCGCCUUUCGUCGAUAUGGACUUGUGCUCCCCGCCCCCAUGGUGAUGUGCUGGAAGCGUGCUCCGCGGCUCCUCCCCCACGGUCUCGCACGGGAAGGGCGAGGGCGAGUCCUGGUGGCUGAUGCAUGUGGGUGCCAAUGUGGUGCCUGUUAAGAUUUCCACUGAUUUCUUCUCCGUUCAAAAUUGUCUAGCCAGCAACCUUUCCGCCUGGUUUCCAGUGAUAGUUGACAUCAGGAAGGAACUCACAAAGUUCAGUAAUGCCCAGGUUAAGUAUGCCCAGGUUAAGUACACCAGCAGAAACAAAAACACGCUAGCUCACCUCUGAGUCACGGAAAUAUGCAAAUGAUUGCUGGGCGUACUAGAUGACCUGGCUGCAGGUUUAGCUGCCGACGCUAUGUUGGCUGAAGAGUAGUUUUUUGUACUCUGUUUUCACGUUUCAUGUUUUCUUCUUAUUGUUUUCUCUGAAUUUUUUCCAACCAGGCUGACAACCCCUUUCCAUUGAAUAACAAAAUAUUCAGUUCAGUACAAGGAUCGACCAACUCUACAGUACAUCAUGACAACCAAAAAAAUAAUUAGUUAGAUGCAGAUGUGUGAAUGAUGAAUGGGUGCCGCCUUAAAUCAUCAGCACAUGAGUGGUUGCCUGAUCAAAUGCUCACCCUGGACGGCCUGCUCGCCAAAGUGGUUACGCCGAGUUAUAGCUACUGGGCCACCGUCUCGCCGCUCUGGGUGUGGUGUCACUCCUGUUCCCGACAUCAGUAAUCAAUAUGUUGACUUGGCACUUCCAUUUGCGACAUACCUGGUAAUUGUCGAAGAGUUGGAUGAUUGUAAGCCGGAUGUACCAUUAACAACAAUGGUGAGGAUGGAUUGGGGAGACGAAGAUUACAGGAGGACAAAGAAGGAGGAGGAGGAUUUCAAGGUAAAAAGAUCGACAAUGCUAUUUGAUGUGCAUGAGGAUCCUAAACAAAACAUAAUUGAUGUGAAACCAAUAGGAUAUUUAUGCCCCGUUGCAACGCACGGGCAAUUACCUAAUUUUUAUUGAAAAAUGUUAUUUGGCUUA